CUCAGAAAGAAACUGAUGCCAAACCUGCCUUUCUGAUCGCGCUCUGAAACUGCGGCGAUGAAACUCGCAAGAUUUCUAUCAAUUCCCAUUCUAUCUGUGCUCUUCUUAGUGGGCGUUCUGUACUAUGUGACAGUCUUCAUCUUCAUAGACGACUGGUUGAGUUUGCAGACCUCUGCUGGCUCUUUGAAUGCUCUGAUCUUCACUUUCUUCGCUUCUCUCUGCAUUUUCUCCUACUUUGUCUGCGUUCUCAAGGACCCCGGUACUGUCCCCUCCUCAUAUGUCCCCGAUGUUGAAGAAAAUCAACUUUCUGAUCAAGAAUCCGGGAGAAUUGGUGUACAAGCAGUGAAAUGUGACAAGUGUUUGGGACACAAACCUCCUAGGGCUCAUCAUUGCCGUGUCUGUAAAAGAUGUAUUUUGAGGAUGGACCAUCACUGUCUCUGGAUAAAUAAUUGUGUGGGUCAUAAGAAUUACAAGUCCUUUGUUCUUCUAGUCUUCUAUGCCACUGUUGCUAGUACCUAUUCUUCGAUUAUGUUAAUAAGCAGCAUACUUGAUAAAGAAUGGAGUUCUUCUCGUGUCAAUGGAUGGAAUCCUAUGACUUCUCUCAAGCUCUUUUACGUUACUUCUGGGGUCAUGAUUUUUGGCUUAACCUUGACAUUGGGAACUCUCCUUAGCUGGCAUAUUUACCUCAUUGCUCAUAAUAUGACAACCAUAGAGUACUAUGCGGGAAGUAGAGCAUCUUGGUUGGCAAGAAAAUCAGGGGUGACCUAUCGUCAUGCCUUUGAUGUUGGAACUUACAAAAAUAUAACUCUGGUUUUAGGUCCAAACAUGCUGAAAUGGCUAUGCCCCACAGCUGUGAACCAUGUCAAAGAUGGUCUUACCUUUCCAACAUUACGUGAUAAUUCAUGAACUGAUCUGCAUCAGCAAAUGCUUGUGCAAAAAGGGUUUCAUCAUUCCUCAGAAUCAUCACAUCGGAAAUUUGGCAUCUAUAUUCCCUUAUUAUCAGAUAUGGAAGUGAAAUGCAUUUGGGAGAGUUAAACAUGAGUGGCAAGCGGGAGAUACAGAUCUCUGUCAAUAACUCUCACAAUGUUCUGAAGUUCAAUUUGGUGAUUGUUACUCCCGAAAAACAUAUCACAAGGUCAGAUAAUGCCGAUGAAUUACGUAGUACACCAUUCAUAACUUUUGCUUACAAUGUUCGUCUUUGAGAAUAUACAAGAACUGCAGAUCUGCUUGAUGCCCUGACUUACAGGAAGGUAGUAGAAUACUAAUGUCCCGAUUUCUUAUAAAUUCCUUAUAUCCCUCUUCGCCUAUUUCAUUUCAAGUUGUUCAUAUAGACUGGAAUUAUAACCUCGUUUAUUUCAGCUUACCCUGUAUAACUGCUACAAAAUGUAGAUAUCUUUAUACAUAAUUAACAGCGCUUUACGGGCUAGAUAUGUUUCUCGAA